AUGUCUUGGUUAUCCAACGUUUCCUCACUGAAGCAGCAAGUGACUGCUCAAGUGACUCAAGGUCUCCUCUCGGCUUCGAAACUAUUGGAGUCCGAUGAGGAUGCAAUAAUUAAGAAAGUUCAAAAAACCCAUAAACCUCAGGGUCGCCAAGUUGAUAACCUUGACGGUUUAUUCAGCAUCAUUGGCAAAAUCUUGCUUCAUGACAAUCCCAAAAGUGAUCAUGAUGUUUCCAAAUCUGCAAUUCAUCAAGAAAUUGGCAGUGCAUCCCAAAAUCUCUCUGGAGCAAUUAAUGAGCUUAUCCACGCCAUAAUGACUGUAAUCAAAUGUGUUCUCCAGUUCAGUGUUCUAGAUCCUAAGUAUUUUGAAGCUGAAGAACAACCAUCUGCCCCGACUGAAAUAGCCAGAGCUACCUACUGGACGAUUUAUAGUGUUGUGACCUGCAGCUCUUAUAUUGCUAAACUUGUUGGGUUGAGAAAUCAGAACACCAUGGCAGAAAUGACAUCGCAACUGAAAACGCUGGCUUCUAAAGUUAGUAGCAUGCAGAAAGUCCUGCAAGUUAAAUUUUCUCAUCGCAAACAUGAAAUUGAAACUUACAAGUGGCUCAUCAAUCGUUUCAACACAUACCAAGACCAUACCAUCCUCAGCGACUUAUUUGACGUCGAGGGUGGGAAGACAGCCCUUGUGGUAGGCCAUGACAACAAGAAAGAGGUCGAUAUUAAUUCGCUAAAGGGCUCCAACGUGUGGCUGCUCAUAUCUGGUCCUGAUGCCUGUCAUGCAGAAAUGAAGACUCUUACUAAAUUGUACCUAAAACUGCAAACCAAGGAGCAGAAUAGGUAUCAUAUAGUGUGGCUUCCAAUUGUGGACGAGUUCAAUGAACGCGAGUUUUCGUCAUUGCAAUCCCUGAUGCCUUGGUACACAGUGCGAAAUCCUAAAAUCAUCAAACCAGUGGCCAUUAGGUACAUCAGGAGGUAUGGAAAUUCACAAAUGAGACAAUUCUGGUGCCACUGCUUCCAAAGGACAUUCAAAAUCCCUUACCCCUCGUACUCUUGA